AUGAACAUCAUAUCCAUUCUUCUUGGCAGCAUCAUUUUUGCUUUCUUCUUCUCCAUCUUAAAGGUGCUAUUUCAGAUGACUGAAUAUGAAAGAUCAUCCAACCCAAAACCUUCUGCACUGCUGAGAGCAAAUCCCAUUCGGUCAUACAGGAACACUCCUCUGAGUUUCCCUGGCAAGCGCUACAACCAGGCUAUGGUACACCAUUUUCCACGGACAUUAGCCUUGCACAAACAAAUACUAGUCAAUCUGAACAUCAUGGAAUGCCAACUGACCAAAUUGGAGCAAUUCCUGUCUGUGAGUCGCUCGCAUGGUCAUGCAAAGCCUAGGCGGAGAGCCACUGUGAAAAUUCCUAUAGAAAGCGACAGUGGAAGCAACCAAUAA